AUGCCGACUGGAGCAUGGAACGAUUUUACGGAUUUACCCGCCGAGUUUUUGUCCUAUUUUGGAACGAUUAGUACCCUGGGACAACAGAACUGCUUUUAUUCCGAUGUGUUUGUCUAUUUCGCUUCUACGGUAAGUUUUUGGGGGCAUUACACAAACAGUGUUCACGAAAACAGUUUUCAGAUGGAUGAUCUACUUCUCGGCGCAUGUUUCAUAUCCACUUUGAUGAAUUUGAUUGUGAUCUGGACUUCCAUGAAACUCUACUACGAAAAAGGAGAUACUUUACAUCUGUUCAUCUUCAACAUGACUAUCGGAGACGCGAUUUUGACUUGUAUAGGUCGGUUUUAGCAAAAUAUUAAAAUUAGAUUUUUAGGCUUUUGUCAUCCUUACGAGAUUAUCACUCGAAGAUAUCUCGGCGGUCAAAUACAUUCGUUAACUGUUUUUCUCAACUUUGCAAACUGGGUUGGAUUGGCAGUUUCUGGACUUUCACUUACACUUUUGAACGUUGACAAGGUGAAAAAAUACAUGCCAAAACAUUUAAUUCAUUCUAUUCCAGUUGAUUUUUUUCUGUUGGCCAUUCAAGUAUGACAUAUGGAUGUCUUAUUCACGAGCGAAAUUAUUCUGCUGGUCAAUUUGGAUUGUCUCCAUCUGGUAUGUAAUUGAAAUGUCUGUCACAAAUUUACUAUUUUUCAGUUUUGCCACGUACUACUGGAUGUACAGUUACUUGUAUUCUGUGAUGGAGGAAGAUAUUCGAAUGGAGGUUAGUGAUCUAGAUUUUAGCAUAAUUUUGUUGAUUCUGAUUUCCAGAGAAGUCUGGAGAUACAAUUCGUUUUGUUGACAAUCUUUAUGGAUGGGGAUCGGGUGAGUUAUACUCCUCAUAUUAAAAUUUGAAAACAUUUUGAACUUCCAGCUAUCGCCAAUCAACAAGAUAUUCUAUGAAGGGUUCAUUAUUGUUUUCUGCGUGGUCCCCAUCAUUUCCUCGUUAUUUGUAUCUUGUUAUCUUUACCAGUUGACAAGUCGUAAACGAAGAAUCACAUCAUGUAUUGCUCCAAACAGCAAAACUCAACACACAGUGAGAUUUGAAAAACUAAAAUGUUCAAAAGUUGAAAAGUUGAAGCUCACAUCAUUUGCAUUCAUUUUCGCAACAACUCUCUGGACAUCCUUUAGCCUACUUCCUUACCGUUUAGUCAAUUUGGCCAGAAUACAUAUGAUAGUGUGAGUUUUUUUUAAAUCCCAUAUCUAGAUUGCAAAAUUUGUGUUUUCAGCUGGCCCAAUCUGAACUGUGAUGCCAAACAAUUCAUAGGCUGGUUCACAUGGGCUAUGCUUUAUUUGUUGAUAUUGAAUCCGGUGAGGAAAGAUGCAGACAUUCUGUUUUGGAAAAAUAUUUUAUAGAUUGUCAACCCUCUGAUCACUGCGUUUGCCUAUGCACCUUACAGGCAAAUAAUCUGUUCCGAAACGACCAAAUCUCCAUUUCGAAAACUCCAAAAAUACAAAAGACUCAUUUUGGCGGAAAUCAAGCAAAAUAGAGAGAAAAAAGUGUCAAAACAGAUGGUGUUUCAAAUUGAAAUUCCUGCUGAUAUUAUGGAUAUGGUGAGCAAACUUUUUCACAAACACUUUUAAAAAAAGUUUCAGAAUUAUAUCAUAGAGCACUCAAGGAGAGCUCCACUUGCAAAACUUCCCAGCGUAUGCUCGUUUGAAUCACUAAUGAUGCCAGACGAUUCACGUUCGACAAGAUUCUGA